CACUGGCAGCCAGUGGCCGAAACAAAAAUUACGAAAUCCGUUCGUAAUGCCUUUAUCGCUAUAGGGUGCUAAAACCGGAACCGGAAGUAAGGCUUGUAGCAGGAACGAAAACAAGGAAAUCACUUCCUGGAUCUUAGCUGAAUUUGACUAGUUUACUGUCUUUUCAUAAAGCAUUAGGAGCGAUGUAGCCAGCAGUUUUUUCCUUUAUGCGAAGGAUUCCGGUGUGGUAAAAGACACUCGCAGACCCCAGCCGGCGGCCUUUGCAGCCAGUAAUACUGGAGGUGCCUCCCACAGCCAUGCCUGAGCACACAGAUACCAGCUUGCCCCCGGAGGAGCGGGUACGCGCCCUCACUAAGAAGGGCAGCGUCGUGGAUGUGAACGAUGCUGUACCGCCUCGCCGCUACUUCCGAUCGGGCAUGGAGAUGAUCCGGAUGGCCAGUGUCUACACGGAGGAGGGCAACACUGAGCAUGCCUUCGUACUCUACAACAAGUACAUUACGCUCUUCAUUGAGAAGCUUCCUAAACAUCGGGAUUAUAAAACGGCCAACAUUCCAGAGAGGAAAGAGACUAUUAGGAAACUCAAGGAGAUAGCCUUUCCACAGGCUGAACAGCUGAAGAAGGGGCUUUUAAAGCAAUACGAGAAGGAAUAUGCUGAAUAUUUGCUUAAAAAGAAAGCAGAAGAGGAGGUCCUGGAGCGUGAGUUCUCUAAGCAGCGGGAGCUGGAGGCAGAGAGGAGGCGCGUGGCCGAGAUGCAGCAGCGCCAGCGCGAGCAGGAGCAGUUCAGCGCCUUCGAGGAGAUGAUCCGCCGGCAGGAGCUGGAGAAGGAGCGCCUGCGUAUCAUGCACGAGUUCAGCACCCCCAGCGCGCCCCCGUUUGAUGGGCCCCUCGUGCCCGGCGUCCUGGGGCCUCCUCAACCCUUCAUCUCCAGCCCAACCCAGAGCCCUGGGGGUACCCCAGCCAACACGAGUCCCUCUGUCCCCCAAACACUGCCCCCUGCCUUCGACCGCGCCCUCAAGCCGGUAGCUCUGGUCAGCCCCGGGAACAGUGUCAUGGUGGAUGGUCUGAGGCAGCUGUCUGUGCCUUCGGAGCUCUGCCACAAAUUCCUGAAGUUGGCGGAUGCCAAUACAUCGCGGGGCGUGGAGACCUGUGGCAUCCUCUGUGGCAAGCUGACACAGAAUGCCUUCACUGUGACCCAUGUCAUUGUGCCCAAGCAGUGUGGGGGACCUGACUACUGCGACACAGAGAAUGAGGAGGAGCUCUUUUUGAUCCAGGAUCAGUAUGACCUCAUCACCUUGGGUUGGAUCCAUACACAUCCCACCCAGACGGCAUUCCUGUCCAGCGUAGACCUUCACACCCACUGCUCCUACCAGAUCAUGCUGCCAGAAUCCAUCGCCAUUGUGUGCUCCCCGAAGUUCAAUGAGACGGGAUACUUCAGGCUGACUGAUUAUGGGAUGGAUGAGAUCUCAUCCUGUAAACAGAAGGGCUUCCACCCACAUCCCAAGGAACCUCCACUAUUUUCUGCUGGAGGCCACGUCACCAUUACAGACAGCAAAGUGACUGUUCUGGACCUGCGGUGAUGCCCUCCUGCACGUCCCUCUGAAGAGCUUGCCUUCUCUCCAUUUAGACCCAUCAAUGACAGCGAUGCUGUCUCCCUUUUCCAAACAACCCAGCUUUAUUUUCCCUGCUUUAACAGUCUUGGCCAAGUAUUUAUAUCUUGUUGAAACAAUUCUGUGGGAACUACAGCUCAGACCCGGACUUUCUGAAUAGACUCCAGUCCUGGUAUUAACACACAUUGCCUUUUAUUGUUGUCUCAGAUGUAUGCAGUAAACAUUCUCACAAGAUCCACAGAAUGUGACUUAAAGUGAUUGCACUUAAUUUUCCAUUAUUCCACUCACUGGUUGUGUCUUGCCUCUCAGUAAUGAACUUGUGAUCAUUUCUGAAUGUUUCUUCCCUGUCAGACUUGGCUUGAGUGGCAGACAUUCUCUCCUUGAGGCAAGUGCAUGUCCUUAGUAUAUUUUCCACAUUUAGAGAUGUCCUUGAGACUGUUGUGCUUUCUGGUACUCUAACUGAAAGUUAACAAGAAACACUUUGUACCCUGCAAGGUUACAUUUUUGACAUGGCGUAUAUGCAAAUAGAUACAGUAAAGAUCCAUUUUUAAAUACUGCUCACAUUGCAAAGGAAACAUUAAGUGUUCUUAGACUAAAGCGAGUUGUAUGUUGUGUACAAUUCCAUUAUGACAUCAACCUAUGGUUUUUGAUGUGGCACAUUCAGAUUCUAAUGAUUAAUAUAGUCUUAGUGCCAGCAUUGCCAGGACUGCUAAUGAUGUCGAACUGGAAAAAGAAACAGCAGCUUUGUACAAUACCUUUGUUUAAGGUGAAGUCUUUCUCAUACUUCUUUUUUUUUUAAUUACAGCUUAGAUACAUGUAUUCUGUACAUAUGUGAGAUGCUUGAAUUCCCUAACUUCUUGGGUGGAUGGAACUAUUCUAUUUUGCUACCUCCAUGAUCUUAGUACAAAAUGGGAGCUGAACUUGCAGUUCUUUGUGGUUAAGAGUGAAAUUGUCUAUUUCGCACCUUUUGACUUUAUGGAAACCAAGAAUAUCAAUAAAUAACAGACACCAUGAAGAAAACCUGACCCAAAAAAUUGCUAAUGAACAUAGAGGAUCAGCCAUAUUUAUAUAUUAUUUAAAAACUGCUAUAUAUUUUUAUAACAGUGUGGACAAGGUAUUGUGAGUUAUAUAAAAGGAGAUUUUUGUGUCAUUAUAAUAAUUUCUUUGAGGCAUAUGACCCCAAUAAUCUUCUCAAUGAAUGGUUGUGUCCAUAGUGACAGACAUAGCACUUAUUAAAGUGGGUCAAAUGAGGCAAACAAGACUGAUUACCAAUAUGUGAAACCAUAGGUUUCCGCUGUUACUGCUAAUUCUGUUCUGAUGAGGUUUUAAACCUUGUCCUCUUAGAUGUAUUUCGCAAAAUAACUUAUUGAAUUACAAGACUUGCUAUCAGUUAAUUUUGCUAUGUCAAACUGUACAAGGCAAAAUGAUCUGAAUCUGAGUGCUUCAUGUCUGCACGUCGGAACACGAUUAACUGGUAUCACUGAUUGUGUGGUGUAUGUCCACUGUUUUGGCAAUCUGCAUAUUUAUUCAACUGACAUUUAGAUAAGUAGAAUGAAUCAUGAAAUUAUGUUUUCGAAAAUUUCAACUAAUAUUUUACCUUAAUAUUUCUUUUUUUCCUUUCACCCAGAACCAUUAAUUUUUUUAUUACACUUUUAAAGAGAUUAAAUCUCUCAGUGUCGUCAUAAAAGUGACUUUUCUGUCCUCCUUUCCAUUAUUUUCUGUGUUUUUAUGUAAGCUGGCAUAUUAACUUCCUCCAUAAAACGGGAAGUUGUCAAAUAUAUCACAUGUGAUACCUGGUACCUUGUGAUGAGGCGUAACAUGAUAUUGUGAUUGUCAAUAAAUGUAACUGGAGCAAAACAUGAACAUCUU